UCAUUAAAGAGUGAAUCAGAUGCACAGUCACGUUUAUUUCACAGGUAACCCCUGUUGUUUGUUAUUUUACCUCACGUUUUCUUCUAUAUGGCUGUUUUAUUAAAUGAAAACAAAUGGUCCGGUAAUAGGUUUUAGUGUAGACUUUAAUGUGACGUGAAAGACACUCUGAAUUAUGUCACUAGCAGCAGCAUCACCGGAUAAAGUGAAUGUGUUGUGAGUCCCCAAAUGUCAUUUGCGAUCGAGAGCACGCGCUCCUGUGCACUCGCCCGCGCGCUUCAGUGUCUCUGGUGCUCCGCGCGCUGACAGCCUGCUGCCGCUGUUGCUGCUGGACGGGAACCAUGGAGGAGAAACACAAGGAUGAGAGCGCCAAAGAAACGCAAUCAACGUCCUACCAGAGAAGGAUAUGGAGGAAUUUCCAAGAGAAGACCAAACCGUUUCUGAGCCCCAAACUGGGGUCCGUACGACGCAGCGGGGAUGGUAAAAAAGAAAGCGGGUUGUGGAUGUUUAAAAGAAAGAAGAAACAGGUCCUGGACCGAGUCUUCUCGUCCUCGCAGCCCAAUCUGUGCUGCUCAACUCCGCCGUCGUUCGUAGGCGAGGGGACCCUGUGCGAGCAGCCGGACUCCAGCGCCGGUAAAGGGCUCGGGAUCUCACCGCUGGCCGCUGCUGAUGGAGCUUCUGUCAGUAAACCGGAGAUUUCCGUAUCCGCGCACGGAAGCCCGAAGCUGCUGGUGUCUCAUCUGGUGAUGUCCCAGCAGAAGAGCUCGUCCUUGGGCUCGACGUGCUUCGAGAAGCUGGUGGUGGAAUCGGCAGCAUCCAGUGAGGAUGACCUGGCCAAAAACACAAGUGACCUGGGCAUCAAUAUUGUGGAGCCAAGUAAUGAGAAACUUCCUCUCCCUUCAAAGCCAGGAAUGUAUCAGCUGGACAUUGUGUUGAAGAAGGGCAAUAAUCUGGCCAUCAGGGACAGAGGAGGGACCAGUGACCCAUAUGUGAAGUUUAAAAUCGCAGGGAAGGAGGUUUUCCGCAGCAAAACGAUCCAUAAGAACCUGAACCCAGUAUGGGAUGAGAAAGUCAGUCUGCUGGUGGAGAGUUUGAGAGAGCCACUCUACGUGAAGGUCUUUGACUAUGACUUUGGGCUGCAGGAUGACUUUAUGGGCUCUGCAUAUCUCUAUUUAGAAUCCCUGGAGCACCAAAGGAACUUGGAUGUGAGCCUUGACCUCAAAGAUCCCCACUAUCCCAACCAUGACCUGGGUACACUGGAGCUGGCAGUCACACUUAUUCCAAAAGAGGGAGACUUCAGGGAAGCAACCAUGCUUAUGAGAAGGAGCUGGAAACGAUCCAGUAAGCAUCAGAGUCUGAGGUUAUCAGACGUUCACAGAAAGGCUCAGCUGUGGAGAGGCAUUGUUAGCAUCAGUCUCAUCGAGGCCCGUGACCUUCAGCCUAUGGACGCCAAUGGCCUUAGUGACCCUUAUGUCAAAUUCAGAAUGGGACAUCAAAAGUACAGAAGUAAGACAAUACCAAAAACACUAAACCCCCAGUGGAGAGAGCAGUUUGACUUCCACCUGUAUGAUGAACAGGGGGGUUUCAUUGACAUCACCGUCUGGGACAAAGAUGCAGGGAAGAAAGAUGACUUUAUGGGCAGGUGCCAGGUGGACCUCUCUGUUCUCUCAAAGGAGUGCACACACAGACUGGACGUGCCUCUGGAGGAGGGUGAAGGCACACUGGUGCUGCUGGUCACUCUCACAGCCUCCGCUGCCGUCUCCAUCGCUGACCUGUCCGUCAACGUAUUGGACGACCCCCACGAGAGGAAGGAGAUUCUCCACAGAUACAGUCUGCUCAGAUCCUUUCACAAUAUUAAAGACGUGGGUCUGGUGCAGGUGAAGGUGAUCCGAGCAGAAGGGCUGAUGGCAGCUGAUGUUACAGGCAAAAGUGACCCCUUCUGUGUAGUGGAGCUCAGCAACGAUCGGUUACAGACACACACCGUGUACAAAAACCUCAACCCAGAGUGGAACAAAGUCUUCACGUUCAAUGUGAAAGACAUCCAUUCGGUCUUAGAGGUGACUGUCUACGACGAAGACAGAGACAGAAGUGCCGACUUCUUGGGCAAAGUGGUUAUACCGUUGUUAAAUAUCCAAAAUGGAGAACGCAAAGCUUACGCCUUGAAAAGCAAGGAACUGACAGGGCCAACCAAAGGGGUCAUCUUUCUCGAAAUAGACGUGAUUUAUAACAUUGUAAAAGCCGGCAUGAGAACCUUGAUUCCCAUCGAACAGAAAUACAUGGAAGACGAGCCACGAGUGUCCAAACAGCUGCUGCUGCAGAACUUCAACAGAGUGAGGCGCUGUAUAAUGUUGCUGAUCAACGUUGGCUGCUAUAUCAACAGCUGCUUUGAGUGGGAGUCUCCUCAGAGGAGCAUCUGUGCCUUUCUGCUUUUCGUGGUGGUUGUGUGGAAUUUCGAGCUCUAUAUGGUCCCUCUGGUCCUCCUGAUGCUGCUGGCCUGGAACUACGUUCUCAUUGCUUCAGGGAAGGACACGAGACAGGGAGAUGUGCAAGCUGUGGAGGAUUUGCUGGAGGAUGAGGAGGAAGACUUUGACAGAGAUGACAAGGUGCCGGGCUCAGUCCCCUCCCAGGAUGGCCGGCUGCCGGAAAGCCAUAUCCUUGCGGAUAUUUUGGCUUCCUGGCACUUUGAGUGGAUACGCGUGAUGGUGGACUCAGAGAGAAAGGGUUUCAUGAAUAAACUGUAUGCCAUUCAGGAUGUGUGUAUCGGUGUGCAGAAUGCUCUGGAUGAAGUGGCCUCCUAUGGUGAGAGGAUAAAGAAUACUUUCAAUUGGACUGUGCCUUUCCUCAGCUGGCUGACCAUAGUUGCCCUGUGUGCAGCCACUCUUGUGGUGUACUUCAUUCCUCUCAGAUACAUCGUACUGGCUUGGGGGGUGAACAAGUUCACCAAAAAACUGCGAGACCCGUACAGCAUCGACAACAAUGAGCUGUUGGACUUCUUGUCCCGAGUGCCCUCAGAUGUUCAAGUGAUGCAGUACCGAGAGCUGAAAGUGGAGCCCAGUCACAGCCCAAACAAAAAAAAGAAAAAUAACCCAGGAUAGCUCCUCUUCUCGCACGGAUGCUCUCCCGACGCCAAGGAGAAGGAGAGGACUGACUGGCAACCAGCCUCUUUCUGUCUUUCUUCCUCGCUCUUUUUUUUGUCCCUGUUUUAGCUGCAGCAUGGAGAGUUAAAGAGCGCAUUGUUAAUUACCAUCCGUCCUUUUUUGGGGUUUAUUUUUGCUGCGGGGAGAGCGGCGAAAGCUCUUGACCCCUUUUAGAGUCAAACAGUCUGGGUUAUUUGUCAGCGCUUGCCACUAACCAGACAGCUCUAAAAGCCAAGGUGUCCUUCCACAGCAGCAAACUGAGCCGCUCUAACCACAAAUAGCAGGAUCUGCUGAUAAUACACCCACCUGUGCCGACACACCUCACCUCCACAGAAGGGAAAACGAUGGUAGUUAAGUUGCAGUUUGCACCCUAUAAUUUGCGCGGCCCGGUCACUGCCAUAUCUAAAGCUAUCCGCAGCUGUUAUCGGAGUCGACAGCUGAGCCUGUAACGGUCCGAUUUAUGGCUGUAACAAAAGUGCUCGUGGAAAUUACUCAAAAAAAUGCCCAGUGCCAGUGAGGUUUGCGAUAUCGUUACGUCAUUUCGAUGUUCUUUUAACAGUAUGAAUGAUGCAUGCUGGGAUUGUUUAUUGUAAACUUUUUUGGACCAAUAGUAGCCGUGGCAGCAUCAGUGUUGUCCUCAUACUGGGGAUUAGGGAAUUUACGUUCCCUUGCAUCAUUCCCUCUUCAUCCUUUGCUCCUAAAGCACCGCCGAGUGCCACACCGCUGAUAAAGACGUGGGUUUUGGCCGCCAGAAUUUGAUGGUGUGGCGAGAGAGGCACUUCUCAUUUGAAAGCGACUUCCUCUGUCAUGUUCCCAUGUGCUGCAACUCUGCCCUACGUUGGGCGCCAGCUCAAACAUUGAUCUCUAAAGGCCAAGUGUCAUUAUAUAGAGGGAAACCCGGCUGAAAUCUUUCGAAAAAUCCCAAACUUGAAGGGCGAACGUCUGUCUUGACGAGAAGUCUAUAGCGUGUGGCAGGCUGCUUUAGGGCCUCCGGUGGGUACUGGAGGGUAGAGGUUUACUGACGCCGCCGCGGAGAAAAAGAGAGACGCGGGCUGCUUUCCUGGCACUCCUGUCAUUUCCUCUCGUUCACCCAGCCGCUUGUGAGGGAGGUCAUGGACGUGUCCACAGGGUGCUCUCGAGCGAGCAAUGAAAGAUCACAGCACAGACUACAUCAGAAAGGACACUAGCCCCAUCCCUGUGCCUCCCUCCUGACUUCUCAUUUACCGUAUCGCAUCUAUCAUAUAGAAAGACCAUUGAUUUGUCGGAGGGAUCUCCAUUACAAAGACAACACAAUCCCCACUGAGCAGGACACGGACGGUACUUCAGUGAAAAAAACAACAACACAAUGAUGAUUUGAGCAACAGAAAGGAACGUUUUCUAAGCCUGAAUGUGUUUCUGGACUGUACGUGUUGAUUUAAGUUGUUAAGUGGGUUUAUUGUGAAUGGUUUUUACAUCCAAAAAGCUUUUUGUUUUGUAAAAGUGCACAUGCUAUGUUUGCAAGCAAACCAAAGUGGAUCUUUCCGGGAAAUUAUAUAGAGAGACAACUAUGUAGAAUGUAUUUAGUGGAAAGGAAAUAUAGGCACUUUCAUUUAUACCAGAUUUUUAAAUAAUUUAACCAUUUUAGUUUUUUUGUAAAUAUUCCUAUUGUAAAAACAAACAGAAUAUAUGUGUUCAGAGAAUAUAUGUGAUCAGUUUAUGAACCUGUUGCCUGUGAUGUCAUACUGCUCCCUGUGACUGGCUGGAACACAGUUGGCAGAUUUGAGACAAAAACUGAAACUAAGAUAUGAACUACAAAUAAUUUGUCAUUACUUUUAAAGAUGUUUCCUUUUGUUUUUUAUAUAAUUAUUGCUUGCGUUCAUCAAUAAAAAACCAAAUCUCAAGG